UAAGUAUCAAGACCAACAAGUUGUGUAUUUGAAAACUGUAAGUGAAGAUUGUUAGUGAGAUCCAUUCGAGAUGGCUCUGAAGGUGGUGGUGUUGAUGACAGUAAUGGUGCUGUUCUCUCUAGCAACAAUGCCUGCUCCAAUGGCUGCUACUAGAGUAGAUGUUGCUAAGCUUCUCUCAGUCAUUGACGUACCAACUGGGAAGAAGAGGGGGGACAGUAGCUGGUGCGAUAGCUGUGUCUGCACAAAAUCAAGUCCUCCUUACUGCACCUGUACUGAUACUUCUUACUGCUCCCUAUGUGUCUGCUACUUGACUGUUCCUACAGCGCUUCAGGCAUUGUGCGAGACUCUAGCUUCCGAAUUCGUGAACUAUUGUCUUUCCACUGUCACUACUUCUGCUGAGAGAACCCUAGCCAGGCUCCCCUGAGCUCUCAACACCACCUAGCUGCCACCAUCAAAUAUAACUCUCCUCUAGCUACUAUGUCUCUCUAAACCAUGGUCAUGGUUCUACAUAAUUACACACUGUUAGUAUGUUUGUACGUGUGUGUUUUAUAAAGAGCAAUCUAAUGCACGAGGCUCUUACUAUUGUAGGGUCUUUGUGUGCUUUAUAUAUGUCCUAUUUGCUAUACCUCAAUUGUUUCAUCUUCAUAAGAUUGUAACAAGUGGAUGUUGGCAAAAUUUGCUUAUUGAUAUUGAAGAGGAGAUUUCAUUAUUACUA